AUGAGCGCAGAUACGGAAUGCAUGGCCUUCAACUUGGACUGGUGUCGCUGUGGCAAGCGCACGGCCGAGGACGAGUUGUACUGCUCAGUCGAGUGCUUCCAGGACGACCUCGAGGCCAACAAGUCCGUCGAGCGUCUCUCGGAGGAUUGCAUCCUCAAGCUCUCCUCGGGCGCCCGCAGCUCGUCGCCGCGCCGGCUCUCGCUGUCGUCGUCGGACCGACGAGCCCUGGCGAUGCUGCAAGGCCCCCCGGCUCCGCCCCUCGGCAACACCCUGUCUGGAGCCCGCCCGGGACGACGAUCGCUCUCGCGCCGACGUUCGAUGUGCCGCAGCGCCAGCGAGUCGGCCCUCAGCCCACCGCCUUCCUCGGCCAAGUCGGCCGCCCUCCGAGUCAAGACCAGCGCCGCGGUCCGAGCCAAGACCGUGGCGGCAUCGGGACUGGUGUCGACAAUCUCGGCCCCGGCGCUAGUCACCCCUCCUCCAAGCGAGAAAGGAGCAGCAGCAGGAGCGACAGCAACAGCAGCAGCAGCAGUGACGGCGGCGACCAAGGCAACGCUCGUCCCAAGCCCACACCUGGCUCAUCCACUCCAUCCGAUCUGCGACUGCGGCCCGCAGGACCUGUUCCGCCACCCAAACAGCCACCUCCACCACUUCCACCAUCAAUUCCACUCUGGAUCGAGCGGCAACGCCAAUGCCGACUGCAACGGCAACAACGGCAGCACCAACAGAAACGGCAACACCAGCGGGCAUGGAAACGGCAGCAACAACAAUCUCCGCCGUCGCGGCCCACCUUCGCCUCAUGCAUGCGCAAAGCACCCAAUCUUGGGCUGGCUCUCCACUUUUUUCCACGAGCACUGA